GACAAACACAAACACUGUUACAAGUUAACAGCGCUGUUAAACUGGAAAAUUUUGUUUAGUUUUUCAUUUUACGAAAAAUUGCUAAUAAAAUGAGCAGCAAAGCCAAAAAGCCAGGGAAGGGUGACCAAAUACCCAAGCCCAUUAGCAUAAAGAAGGAAAAGAUGGAGGAGGAUCGGACGCUGCAUCCAAUUUCGCACUAUAUCGACGACCGUCUGGAGCUGGUGAAGCAGAUUUUCGGCACACUCAAGCCCAAGACAAUCGUGAAUCUGGCGCCGGAGUUCCUAAAAAAAACCCCCCUGGACGAGAUCGAAGCGCUGUGCCUGGAGGAGCUGCUCUGCUUGUCCACCAAGCGCCUUAAAUCCAUCAUAGAGGCCACCCGAUGUCCCACGGACACCGAGAGCUCCGAGGAUUCCGAUGUGGAGCACAAGGAGGAACACAUAUCCCUGGAGGAGAUCUCAUCCGACAGCGACAUUGGCGGCCAGGAAUCUCGAAAAACCAAGAAGAAGCCCAGAGCCAAAAGGACGAGCAACGGGAACGAAAACAAGGAGUCGGGCCAGAUGAGCGUGCUGGAGUUGCUGGAGCUGCAGGCACGUGCACGGGCCAUUCGCUCCCAGCUAGCCAUGGAACCCAUUACCAAGAUCGAGGUCAGGUCGGACGACGAUGACGACGACGACGAAAGGCCAGCAAAGCCGGUUCAGCGAAGGACGAAAGAGAAGCGCACCGCCAAAACAACAGAAGCAGGAAAGCGCAGCUCCCUGGAAAACAGCAAAGCGGCCAAUAAGGAUCAAGAUCAAGAUGCGGAAAGCAGCAGCAAGGAGCAACCAGCUCCGCGCAAGAUCAAACUCAGGCGGACCUAUCGGCAAACCAGAGAGUCGCCUGAGAAGGAGAAUCUCGUUAAAGUUUCUGCCCCAGCCCCGACUUCAUCUGCUGCUCCAAUAGAAAAUAAGCCUCGCUCCAAGUCGCGUUCUGCCUCGCCAGAUGUGAUAACCAUACAAACGGAGCCGGAAACGCUGCUAAUUAGCGACAGCACCGACGAUGAAGCCACAAACCACAAGCCCAAGUCAGCACCUGAGCCCGAGCCCCAACCCGUGCUGGAGCCACCAGCUCCAGUUGUAGAGAGCGAGCCAGAGGAGGGAGAAGUGCGUGACGAACCCGAGGAACCAGCACAGGCUGUUGAGCCAGCCAAAACAGAAGACCCAGCAAAGACAGAAGAUACAGCGAAGGCAACAGACCCAUCCAAGGCAGAAGAUCAAGCAAAGAGCAAUGAGUUGGAAAACUCAGAAGAGCCACAGAAAUCGGAAGAGCAAGAAAAGCCAGCGGAGAAAGAACCGUCUAAGGAGCAUGCUCCCUCUCAGGAACCAAAUCCAGCAGCAGAAGCAAAGGAAUCCGAGGCUGUUCCUGAGCCAGUUAAUAUAGAUGAUGAGGAUCAAAACGACGAUGUCAUCUCCAUUGGCGGCGACCUGGAAAUGAUUGAGGAAAUGACCAAGGAAGACGAGCCCAAAGUGUGCGUCAAAAGCGAGAAAAAAGAUAAGGCCUCCGAGGAACACGAGGAACUAGACAACGAUGUUAUCUCCCUGGACACCAGCGAGGAUGAGCGUGAUAAACUGCAGCAACCCGACUCCGAGUCUUGGCGCACACGAUACCUGAAGAGUUCCAAGGUCAGCCAGGUGCUAGCUGCCUCGCGGCUGGGGAAACGCGUGCGCGACAAAAUCAAGAAAUCGAAGCGCAGCAAAGAUGCCGCCAGCGACGACCAGGCCAAGGCUGAGAAGCAGGCAGCACCGUUCACAUCCAAGCAUGAGGACGGAUCCAUGGAGCAAUACCAAGAGCUGCUGCAGCACCGUCAGCGGAAGACUUCAAAUAGUAGCAAGGGAGGGGAUAAGUAAAUCCACACGCCGAGGACGAUUGGAAUUUUAUUUUAUUGAAAAAUACUCCGACGCAGAGUUCUGGUUUAUAUGGCAUAUAAAAAGGAGAAUAAUUGUCCGCUGUCCUCGGUGGGGAGCUCGGGAAACGUAUAAAAAAUUUGAAUAUAUCGUGCUAAGCGCAUAUUUGAUUUCUCAUUCGUCUUAUAGUAAUAUACUUUCCAAGAGAGAGACGUUUCGCUGCUCUAUCAAUUAGUAAAAUAUAAUUUGUAUUUUCGAUUUUAUAUAUAUAUAUAUUUUUUUAAUAUUUACAUAUAUUUAUUUAGAGAU